AUGCCGCCGUCGGCCUCAGAAACCCUACUUCUCAUCGCCAUUUUCUUCUUGCUUCCUCUGGACACCCUCUCGUCCGUCAUCCACGCAGGCCAUGCCAUCCCUCUCACUGGUAUGUGUGAGGACGCAUGCGGUGCAAUCCCAGUAAAGUUCCCAUUCGGUACCGGAUUUGGUUGCGGCCACCCUGAAUUUAUCAGAUACAUCAAAUGCAGCUCAGGAACACUUCAAUUCUCCACCGGAACCGGCAUCUACACCAUUUCCUCCAUAGACUACAACAGCAGCACCAUCAUUGUCACAGAUCCACUCAUGUCAACAUGUUCCUCCAUGCAAAAUUCAGGUAGUUUUAGCUUGGACAAGUCCAGUCCUUUCACUAUAGGAGAGCAAAACAUCUUCGUUUUGCUCGGCUGCUCAACGACAUCCCCGGUGUUUGAUCCAAACGAAGACUUGUGUGACACUGGAUCCGGUACCCGGGUGUGUAGAGGGUUGUACUCUUGCAAGGGGGUUGCCGGCAUUGGACUGCCACAGAAUGCGCCGAUUUCCACCUGUUGUGUUUAUGAUUCUGAAAUCGUGGUUGGCUCAGGUUAUGCACUGGAUCUUCCAAAGCUCCAGUGCUCUUCUUAUACAUCAGUUUACGAGUUUGGAGACGAAGGCGAUCCGACGAAAUGGAGAUUUGGGAUUUCUUUGCAAUAUAAUGAUUCUUACCACACAAAUAAAUGCAAGGAUUGUGAAACCAGUGGAGGGAUUUGUGGAUUUGCUGGUUUGGAUCAGUCAUUUGCUUGUAUUUGCAGGAGUGGUGUUAACACCACCACAAAUUGUUUUGGGCGAGGGUACGCUUGGAGUGGGGCAGUGGAUCUGGAUUUUCAAGUUAACACCAUUAUUGGCGGACUUUUGCUCUCGUGGGCCUUGCUAUUUAUAUGUAAUCAGCAGAUAGAGCUCCAAGACCUGCUGUAG